CUGGCCACUGAGCAGCCCACUCUGUCGGGGUUUGUGUCUCCAUCCAAGACUGCUGAAAAAGAAGCUCUGACUCUCGCGUUUUCUUUUAUUUACAAGGGAAGCCGAACAACGCGCCCGUCCACGGCACCAGAAGCACAAGAAGUGGGGGAUAAAAGGCAUCUAAGUAAUUUUCUAGACUCAUCACUGUCUCACAGCUCCCUGCACAAUGUCUGGAGAGGACGCACCUGCCCAACAGCAAAACGCCGUGGACCAGAAGCAGGAGACCAAACCCGCCGAGGAGCCCAAAACCGAGCCGCCCAAGACGGAGUCCGCACCCGCCGCCGCCGCCGAGGCAGCGGCCACCCCGGCGGCGGCCACCGAGAAGGUCCCCGAAGAGGAGACGUUCACCUACCGCGCCCUGGUGCUCACCGGCUACGGGGGCUAUGACAAAGUCAAGCUGCAGGUGAAGAAGGGCAAGCCGGCGCUCAAGGCUGGCGAGGUCCUGGUGCGGGUCAAGGCUUGCGGGCUGAACUUCGCAGACCUGAUGGCUCGGCAGGGGCUGUACGACCGGCUGCCGUCCCCGCCUGUCACCCCAGGAAUGGAGUGCUCCGGGGUGGUGGAGGCUGUGGGGGAAGAAGUGACGGACAGAAAAGUCGGCGAUAAGGUGAUGGUGCUGAACCGCUUUGGCCUGUGGCAGGAGGUGGCGGUGGUGCCGGCAAGCCACACCUUCCUUAUCCCAGAGGGCAUGAGCUUUGAGGAGGCGGCAGCCCUCCCCGUGAACUACAUCACUGCCUAUAUGAUGCUGUUUGACUUCGGCAACCUGCGGCCCAACCAGAGCGUCCUCGUUCAUGCCGCUGCAGGUGGCGUGGGCAUCGCUGCCACUCAGCUGUGCAAGACGGUGAAGGACGUGACUGUGUUCGGCACGGCGUCAGCCAGCAAGCACGAGACUAUCAGCGAGGGUGGAGUCACGCACCCCAUCGACUAUCGCACCAAGGACUAUGUGGAGGAAGUCCGCAAGAUCAGUCCGAAAGGUCUGGACAUAAUACUGGACCCUCUUGGAGGAUCAGACACCCAUAAGGCCUACAACCUGCUGAAGCCUAUGGGCAAACUUAUCACCUAUGGGACGGCUAACAUGGUCGCGGGCCAGAAGAAGAACCUGCUCGCCGUGGCCAAGAACUGGUACCAUCAGUUCUCCAUCCACACACUCAGCCUCAUCCAGGGGAACAAGUCGGUGUGCGGCUUCCACCUGGGCUACCUGGACGGGGAGAUGGAGCUCAUCACCCAGGCCAUGAACACCAUCCUGGAUCUUUACAAAGAGGGCAAGGUCAAGCCCCGCAUCGACUCCACUUGGCACCUUGAGCAGGUGGGCGAUGCCAUGAGAAAGAUGCAGGAGAGGAACAACAUCGGCAAAGUGAUCCUCACCACGGAGCCCAUGCCCGAGGAGGAGAAGAAGGAAGAGCCUAAGAAGGAGGACAAGAAAGAGGACAAGAAGAAGGACGACAAGAAGAAGGACGACAAGAAGAAGGACGAUGGCAAGAAGGAGGAGAAGAAGGACGACAAGAAGAAAGAGGAGGCCAAGAAGGAGGAGAAGAAGGAGGAGGAGAAGAAGGAGGAGGUCAAGAAGGAGGAGAAGUGAGAGGGAGGGAUGGAUAGUCAAGCAGACCAGCAGGGAGUUUGUGUCCUGGGAGCAGGGAGUGUGGUGGCGUGGGGGGGUGGAGAUGGAUGGGGUGGGAGGGUGGGGGUGGAGGGUAAGCAAGACUGGGAAGGAAUUAGGGGGGUAGAUUACAAUAUUAUCACACCACUGUCAAUCUUUCAUCUCUUACACCUCCCCUCCGCCUCACCCUCUUGAGUCCUCAACGGCAGUGAUAACUCAGGCCUGGCUCCACCCACCCACCCACCCACCCGCCUGCCCUGUUUUCUUGCCUUCAUCUCUAAAAAAAUUUCCAAUCACUUGCCACACUUCGUAAACUCAGCACUCGAAAGAUUCGUCCUAUUGGGAAUGACAUAGACAAGAGGGCCGUGGAGGAUUGUGGGUAGGGUCCAGGCCUGGGCCAAAUUGCCGUUUCCUUGACAACUGUAGUCCCUGCUCGCACUCCGGCCCCACCCUCGACCCCCCUUGCCCCUCCGCACCUCAACUCCCACUGUGCUAAAUUGUUCUGCUCUGACUUCCACCUGCCACCUCUUUUCCCCCCCUCCCCUCCCUCACUGUGCCGAGUUCCCCCCACCUCCCCACCCACCCACCCACACCACCACCACCAUCGCCCCCACCCAUCUACGGGCCGGACCCACAGACAGGCACAAAGGCAGGCAGAUAAACGGAGAACCACACCCACCCACACGUUGCUCUUAGUGUCCAACGCUUAGUUAUGUCACUGAGGAUGAGUCAGAGAUGCCUGUGAUUGGCUGAUGCGCCUCACCUCCCCUGGAGAUAUUUGCAUCCUGGUUUUGAUCAAGUUUGACUGCUCAGACAAUGGUGUUAAUGCUACAAGGCUUAACGAUGCUUAUCAUUUCUAUGGCCGUAGCUGGCAUCGGUCUUCAUCGGUGGCGAGGAAACCUCCAUAUUGCACGUGUUCCCACCACGUUGCUGUGAAGUUAAUAUUAGCGACUGCAGUUUUGCAGUUUUGCACUCGCCUGAAUAUGAAUUUCCCUCAUAAUGAGCCUUUCUGUGCAGCGUUGAAUAGGGAGGCAGAAAUCAUUGCUCAGCUUCCUUCUCCUUAGUUACAGAUUUUUCUAGCUGACCAACUGUUGGCAAGAAGUGCACAGUGCCAAUUAAGAGAGAAUUUGUUUCUGUUCAAACAAGCCACAAAUGCACACACACACACACACACACAUGCGCACACAAACAUACACACUCUGAAUGUGAUGAAAGAGGCACUGUCAUGCUGAGACAGUGAAGCGUCUGAAAUGAGCAAGUUAAGAAGGUGAAUGCCAGUCCUUUUCCCUCAGGAUCAGGCUUUCUCCCUCCCUGAUCCUCCUCGAGGCAUUCCAUGGCAUUCUGCUCCUUUCACAGCGACCGCUGGCCUGUCGAUCACCCUGACCUGAGAGAGGAGAAUUCAAUUCAAGCUGGCGUCCAUACUUCGCCUCCCCUCCUUCUCUCUACUCUACUCCACUCUCUCUCUCUCUCUCUCUCUCUCUCUCUCUCUCUCUCUCCCUCCCCUCCUCUUUCCAUUUCCCUCUCUAUGGUCGGCAUAGCAACAGGCGUCAGGCUUGUCAGAGAAGGCACUGUGGUCUGUUUCUCUGACUCCCUCUCCCUGUGUCUCCCUUCUCUGCCUCCCGAACUCUAUAUUUGCUGGUGGUCGGUGCAGUUCAGCAGUAUUCAACAGGUGUAAAAUGUAUUACGGAUUUCGGAUGAUAAAAAGAAGAGGUGGGGCUUUUUUCAGUUUUCCCAAACAGUUUGCUCAAAGCGCUCUGAAAUUCAAGCAUUGACAAUGUGUGCUUUAGCAGUAUGCUGCCUAAGACGGCACACCGCUCCCCCUAAUGUCAGUCGAGCAUAAUCCUCAGUAUUUCAUCACAAAUCCCAGUGAGGGGACAUUUAUCGACCUGCCCGCCUGUCUGUGAGCCCGGCCUCAGUGUUGAGACUCAGAUGGUGACUAGUGACUUUGUAAAAAACGAAAACAAAAUGUUUGAAAAAAAAAAAAAAGAAAAAAGUUGUUGUGUUAGCAUGAGAGGCCUCCCUCAUGUGCUGUGUGUGGUGUGCCAUUGUGUGUGAAGAUGUGUGUGUCCUCAGGUCGUUUGUCAGGUUUUAAAAGCACCCACCCUACCCCUGCCACACACCCCCAUCCCACCCCACUACUCCGCUACAGUAUUAUGUAGCUCCCACUCUGCCCUCCCUUCUGACUCUCUCUGUCCCUCCUGUCUGAUAAGAGGCCUGUGUUAUGAGGACAGUUGGUAUUAGUAUUUUGCACUCUGCUCGCUGAUCUUAAUGCACUUACGAGCAUGGCAGUCGCACUCCAGUCCCACGCAGGCUUUGAUUCUGCCCCGGGUUUGCAGCCUGUUUCCCAUCAUCCCCUCCCAGUGUAUCUGCCGAAGCUCAGCGAAAGCACAGGUGGCACACACACACAUAGAAACACACACUCAUGUAAAGGUCCGCUCAUUUUAAGCUUGCCAGUCCCCGCCUGGGCCAACUUCUCCUGGGUGGCAGCUAAAAUCAAAGCAUUCAUCCAUCCUUGACUGUGGGAGGUAAAAUGUGGAGCAGGGUGGAGUGAACUGGGCUGGAGUGCGAGCGCCACGCUGGUGUGGGGAGUGACUGUGUCCUGUCAGCCUCUGGUUAGUGUUCUGUUCUAAUCUGCUGGGCUCCCUUUGUGAACCUGUGGACGGUGCUUCUGUUCCGAGUGCCAUGUGAGAAACAAACGCUUCAGUAAAAACAAAAAAAAAGAAAUAAAAAGGAUGUUUUACUUAAUAUGUUAUUUUAAUUUACCUUUAUAUUUCCAUUUGUUUGUUUGUUUUGUUAUCCAAGGGUUUAAAGUUCAAAGCUCAUACUCUUUAUGUGGGGACCUGCCAACCUGCACUCCUUUUAAAUGUGACAAAGUCAUUCUGUUGGUCCGAACCAUGUGUGCCAAAUUGUAUGUAUACUGUAUUCCUCUGUCAAUGCUUUGAAUAUUAACAGUGCAUAAAAAAUAUGAAGAAAAUUCUGUUUUUGGAUGCAUUUCCAUCAACCUUGAAGAAAAAUGAAAAGUCGUCAUAGCGUGACAGAUUUGUAUCCCAAACGCUCAUGGGUGCUGACAGAAUUUUUUGCUGCCGUUUACAAAAGGUUUAACUCAAUUUGUAGUUUUUGAUUGGUUGUAGUCUUGCUCAAGCAUGGGCCUGCACUGUGCCUCUCUCCUUGCACACAGUUUACCUCAAUCCGAGGCGCCUCCCUCCAUAUUUAUAUCCUUUUCACUGUGUUUUACCAGCUCUCACGUCGUGUCGACCGCAACAGGUCGCUUCCUCCUAAGUGUUUACAACCAUAAUAUUCGUAUCACAGUGAAAAGGAUCCGUACAUGGUGCAUUUAAGGUUCAAAACUACACCGAAAGACAUAUAGAUUCACAGAAAUCUGCAAAAUCCCUCCGAGUCCAAAGCUUCAUGGUAUUCCUCUCUAUGGAUUUCUAUUUCUUUCAGUUUGUUUCCAAAUGGCUUGUACAGCAAGUGAGGGAGCAGAUGUUCUCACACAGCUGUGCAGAGAUGCCAAUAGUGUAACACUAUUGCUGCUCAAAAACUCCAUCUUAUUGGCUGAUCAUAGCUCAGCCCUGGCCUGCCCCAGACACAACAUUUCCGCUUUACAACUGAUCUCAGUUCACUCAAGGAUUAUUAGAGACAUUCCUCCUUUCCUGUGCUGCAUCUGCAGAGCCUCUUGGCCGGUGCAACAGUCGCAGUCCAGCAGCAGCCAGCCAAAACGCCUCUCCAUGUCACCCCCUUCUCUCUCUCUCCAUACACAUUCAUAGCAAAUAAAACAUUACUUUGACAUCUGGAAUUUGGAAUUGCCUGCGUGCAUCGGCAUGUGGAAAACAGAUUAUAAUCUUUUUCUUUCUUUCAACAUUUUCCCCUUCCUGCUUUUGAGCUAAGAUGCCUUUGAGAUGAACUCAAUCAGUUGGGGCGGGUGACCUGCUGCCUGAGAGCACUUCCACCAUGGUGAAACUGCAGUGUAUGUCAUCUUGAAAUGGUUUCCCAGUCAUUCCAGACACUUAUGCAAGAGUACUAAGCAACUCAGAGAUGCACAGGAGAAGAACAGUGUUUCAAAGUAAAAACAAACAAAAAAAAAUCUGAACAUUUGCAGUUUUAGAUUUGAUAUUACUAAUUAACACUCGUAGUUUUAGGUCUGAAAAACGCACUAAGACAAUGAGUGUAGUGUUUCCGAUAGCUACUCUUCCGUCUGUCUUGUCUUGUAUAGCUGAAGUCCCUCACAGGCACCCACCGUAUAUCUUUGAGGUGAAUUUCUUUCUGUUCUAUAUGGUUUCUCAGGUCAUUCCAAACAGCAGUUUUCUUCACUUACUUUUGCAUUUACUCACACACAACACAACAUCAUUCUGUUUCACUGUGUUUCACUGAAUUCACUGCGCAAACCGUUACGCCAACCUUCCCUCACACGUCCAUGUUUGAUGUAAGCUUUAGUAUUCAGAGUCAGAAGAGAGGCUCUGUCAACGGGCUAUGUCCAAAUUCAGAGCCGCUGCGUUCACUUAUCCACACUGAGAACCCGAACUACCACAUCUGCCUGCAGCUAUCAUUUCCUUAGCAUUCAUUUUUAAGGCAUUGCAAUGCGGGAACAUCACAGAAACAUUGCAGACAUGCUACGGAAGUACAACCUGGCUGGGCUUGUCAUGUACAGUACUAGGAUGCAUGUGUAGUCAACCAGAAUAUAAGGCAUGUGUUUAUGUACAGCUCAACUUCUCUUUCUACCAUAGUUUAGUAGUCAUGUAGUGGCGUGGUGUGACGGAGGAGAAUGCCCUUCCAGUCGUGUCGAGUUGCCAACUGAAGCCAGUCCACUGCCCCCCUGUGCCACCUGACUUCCUGUCCUCACCUUCAGCAUGGGCACCGCACGGCCAGCUGGUGCAUUCAUGAUACACCUUAACCUAUCUCUGGGAAUGCUUCAGAAACUUGCCUCACAUCCAUCCCACUACACACCUCCGUUAGAGUUCAGUCUCCACUGGUAAUUGUCUACAAGGCAUACUCAACAGGUUGAUUUCUAAGCUAGUUUCCUCCACUCUGUCCUUCCUCCUUGUUGUUUUUUUUUCCCCUGAUGCAAACACUCUUCUCGUCUCGACUUUGUUUUUUAAACCCUUUGAAUUGAUGCUGCUUCUGUGCUUGACUCUGGGUUUACUGCGUGGUGCCAUGUUGUCCACAUGGCCUCUAGAGCUUGUAACGCUUCAGUGUGUAAUGUUACCAUAUGCCUUACAUGUUUUCCAGGACUAAUAAAAAA